UCCAGGUCGAGCUAGCAGCAGCAGCAGAGGCGUCUUUAUCCACCGCUCCGUCGCUGUUUGGGCCGAGCAGACCAAUGUUUCCCCACCGUUGUUAGGCGGACAACAGCCCCGGCGUGUGCUCCAUCUGGUCCCCGGGAUGCCCCGGCGGCCGUGACUGCGGAGGAGGCGGGUUCUGUGGCUGGCCCCGGGCUAGCAGGCUGAGCUGAUCGGGACGGGCUUCGCUGCUGGAUCACCAUGCAGGGAGAAACCGCGGCCAUACGGCUCUCGGAGAGCGAGGGCAAGCUGGAUGUGUUGUUCCCCCAGAACAGGACCCCCAGCUCGGGCAGGGCCAGCGCCAAGAGCUGGCAGUACAGUGAUCACAUGGAGAAUAUUGACGGCUACUUGAUGAAAUACACCAACCUGGUAACUGGGUGGCAGUACCGGUUCUUCGUGUUGAACAAUGAAGCAGGUUUGCUGGAGUACUUCGUCAAUGAGCAGUCGCGGCCACAGAAGCCUCGCGGCAUGCUCCCCCUGGCUGGAGCAGUCAUCUCCCCCAGCGAUGAAGAUUCACACACCUUCACCGUCAACGCCAUCAGUGGAGAGCAGUACAAGCUCAGGGCUACCGAUGCCAAAGAGAGGCAGCACUGGGUCAGCAGACUGCAGAUCUGCACGCAACACCACACAGAGGCCAUGGGGAAGAGUAAUCCCCCUCCCAAGUCCCGCAGCUACUCCAUGGCGUCUCAAGGCAGCGGCAGCUCGCCCAUGUCCGUGCGCCGACCCAGCCAAAACCCGUCCGCCAUGUUCGGGUGGCCGCAGGGCCACAAGGGCUCGCUCUACUCCAGCAGGAGGUCCCUGCUGCCGGACCACCUGAUGGAAGCCAGAGAGAUGAUGAGCCAGGCCCAGGGCCAGCACAGAGAGCUGCUCCAGGGUAUCGAGGGCCUGCCGGCCGCCCCCGGCCUGUCCCCCCUGGACCAGGACCUGCUGAUGCUCAAAGCCACGUCCAUGGCCACCAUGACCUGCCUGAACGAGUGCCUGCACAUCCUGCACCUGCAGCAGGUGGCCCGGCAGAGGAGCGCCCUGGGAGGACCCACCAUCGAGUGGCUGGGGCCCAAACUGCCCGACAUCCUGAAGAACGGCAGCAGCUCCCUGGGCAGCUUCACGGCGGGGGAGGGCGACGGCGAGGGCGAGGGCAGCCGCCUGCAGCUCAGCACGCCCGACUCCUGCAGCUUCUCCGGGGAGCAGGAGGACAUAGAUGCGGAGGACGAGCUGGAGGACUCCUUCACAGACAAGGAGGAGGACCUGGGAGUGGUGGAGGAGGAGCGAAGCGUCAUCCUACACCUGCUGUCGCAGCUCAAGCUGGGCAUGGACCUCACGCGGGUGGUUCUGCCUACGUUCAUCCUGGAGAAGCGCUCUCUGCUGGAGAUGUACGCCGACUUCAUGUCCCACCCGGACCUCUUCGUUGCCAUCGCCGACGGCAGCAGCCCGGAGGACCGGAUGGUCCGCUUCGUGGAGUAUUACCUCACCUCCUUCCACGAGGGUCGCAAGGGGGCCAUCGCCAAGAAGCCCUACAACCCCAUCAUCGGGGAGACCUUCCACUGCUCCUGGAGGGUUCCCCGGACGGCCGACUCCCCCCCGGAGCCGUCGCAGGGAAGUUCAGAGCCGGCGGCCCCGGCCGACGCCAGCGAGCCCUACCAAGUGCGCUUUGUGGCGGAGCAGGUGUCCCAUCACCCCCCCGUGUCUGGCUUCUACGCCGAGUGUCAGGAGAAGCAGAUGUGUGUGAACACACACGUGUGGACCAAGAGCAAGUUCAUGGGGAUGUCCAUCGGCGUGUCCAUGAUCGGAGAAGGGUGUCUGCAUCUGCUGGAGCACGACGAAGAGUACACCUUCACGCUGCCCUGCGCCUACGCCCGCUCCAUCCUCACCGUUCCCUGGGUGGAGCUGGGAGGAAAAGUCAACAUCAACUGUGCAAAGUCGGGCCACUCGGCGGUCAUCACUUUCCAGACCAAACCCUUUUAUGGUGGAAAGUUACACAAGGUGACGGCGGAGGUGAAGCACAACCCCACGAACGCGGUAGUCUGCCGCGUUCAAGGCGAGUGGAACGGCGUGCUGGAGUUCAGCUACACCAGCGGGGAGACCAGGGUGGUGGACGUCACCAAGCUGCCCGUCACCAGGAAGCAGGUCCGGCCCAUCGAGAAGCAAGGACCAACCGAGUCCAGGCGGCUGUGGCAGCACGUGACGGAGGCCUUGAGGCAGAAAGAUAUUGAAAAAGCCACCGAGCACAAAAGGAUCCUGGAGGACCGGCAGCGGACGGAGGAGAAGCACCGCGUGGAGACGGAGACGCCCUGGAGGACCAGAUACUUCGACAGAGACGGCGACGGCUGGGUUUACCACAAACCCCUCUGGAAGAACUCGGCCUCCAAGUCCUAGGUCCUUCAGUCUUUUCUCUUGGAUGUGGUAGAUUCAGGAACGUGUGUGUUUGAGUGCGCCUGCACUCAUGCAUGCUGGGACAGUUGUGACGCGGGAGCAUGACCUGCACUGAAUGCAACACGGGGGCGGAGACGGACGCGGGGCGACGGGAAGUGUUGGAGUCCCGCUCAUGAUGCUCACCCAAUCUCCAAGUACAAGUUUUUGUGCUGCUGGUCAGUUUUUGUUUUUUAUAUCUAGAUAUAAUCCAACGUCACUGAAGCCAGAUUCUUGGACAGGUUAUGGUACUCGCCGCCUUAAGACCGUUUGAUGACUGACGCUCCGAGUUCCCCCGGGUUUUGCUAGAUUUCUUUACUUGUCAAGACGCCGUCGUGCUCAAAGUCAAUUCUGUGGAGCUUUUUUAUUUCCCAAAACGAGAUAGAGAAAGUCCCGACUAAGUGCAGCGCUGCCUGGUAGAUGAAAUACUGAGACUGUUUCAAGACAAAACCCAAGCCACGCCCGCCGUCAACGAGUUUACACAGACGCACGUUUAACAGUAAAACGGUCUGAAGAGGAAGAUUUAACACAGUUCCCACAAUCACAACCGCAUUUAGAGCUGCAGUUUGUAAAACUGAGUUAAUCCUGUCAGUCAAAGCUGAUUUAUUUAUGACAUCCGAUGAUGGGAUGGUACAGACACCCCAGAUUACAUCAUGCUCACAAAACCCAGUCAUUGAUUACAUGUUUAUGGAAAAAUUAUGAACUGGGCCUUUAAUCAGGCAGCGUUUCCGCUGAAUACAACACUACAUGGAAUAAUCCCAACAUAUCCUUAAUUUAACGACUCAAAAAUCACAUUCUAAUGGAAAUAAAGUCAGAACUAAAUCCUCAUUUAACUUUUUAUAUGAAUGGAUAAAUGUGGAACUAGAUCAAGUCAUGUCAUAGACGGGAUGGAAAAUAACCCAAACUGAUUAAACUGAAGCAGACCUGCGUCCCAGCUGUCCGUGUGCUUUGUUUCUUUUUAACUUUGGUUACUCGCAUGACGACUGCACCAAGUCGACGAAGCCCGCGUCUGCUUGACUUGUUUCUAAAUGUCUGUUCAAGCUUUUAAACCAAAUUUUGUUUUUCUUGGGAAUGAAAAGGAAUCUCUCCCUUGAAUGCGUGUUUCCUUCCUAAGCUGCGCUUUAAUUGCUCUUAUUUUCAGAGCUGCUUUUUUUUGUACAGAAAGUGUCUCGUUCCGUCUUGUUUCUUUUGAAAACGAUUCCAUUCAUUUAUACUGUGAAGCGUUUUUGUUUUUAAACCGCUGCGAAAAACGCGAUUUUUAGCUCCACCUUCUCGCAUCGUAGAUUCCAGCCGGCCAUCGAUAAGCUCCUCCCUCCCAGUCUCGGUGCCUUAUCAACUCUUUCUGCGCACGUCUUCCCCGCGAGGGAGCGCGGCGUCCUCAUCCGUCAUUUCCCUCGACCGAUGCAACGAUAUCUGCGGUUUUGGCGUGUUUGGUUUCCUUUUUCUUUUUAAAAGAGAACUGUUGCUUGACUGAGCACUUUUAUUCUAGUUUUUGACAUUCUGCAGGUUUUUGAAGUCGACUUGUCUUGCUGACCCAUGAAAUGCACUGAUGGUGAAGGAAACCUGAUGUAGAAAAAUGGAUGUGUGAUAUUAAUCAAAUAAAACUACGUAUCAGUUGGAA